AUGGACCUACGCUGGCCACCUUGGCAGUCAAGACUACGAGUUAGACCAGGGAGGAUACCAAGGACGACGAGGCGCGCAUCAAAUCGUAUCGAGUCCGACGCUGAGGCCAGGCUGGACGAAAUCAAGAAGGCUGAGGCCUUGGUCGAUGGCAAAGAUGAGUUCAAGGAGGCCUUCACCUACCACAAUCGAAACAACAAACGCAAGGCCGAGGACGAGGCCGAAGACGACGAGGCCCGCGUGAAGCGCCUCCGGGCCGAGCUAGAGGUCGUAACCAAGGAGGCCGAGGAGGCCCAGAAGAAUGUCGCAGCCAAAGCGGCCGAGACCGCGAAGGCAAUUGCCUUCAUGAACGGCAAGGCUUUCUUGCUGGCGAAAGUCGGCAACAUGGCCGAGAGUCAGGAGAAGGAAGAGUUCAAAGAGGCCCUUCAGGGUUUGAAUCUCUGA